AAACAAUAAAACUCUUCGCCUAUUUCCAUCUCGUCUUCAACAUCGUCGACGAAACCUAAUCUGAUUUUCGAAGUUUGAUUUGCAAAAGUCCUUAGCUCAAAUCGAACGAUUCCUUUUCGAUUUCGAGAUUCUCCGGCGAAUUAAUCGUUCUCUCGUCGCUGCGUUUGUGAUUUUGUCAGACCUAAUCGUUAUCUUCAAUUUCACGGCGUCCUCCUGCUGAUUUCAGUUCUCCGUGGAUAAGAGACUUGAGCGUGGAAAGGGCUUUGAAUAAGUUUUAAACAAAGGUUUGCGUAGUGCAUUUGGUUGGAAAUGGAUCCUGGUCGAUUUGGUCGUCAGCAAGAUUGGGAUAAUACCAGUGCUCCGGAGGGUUAUGGUCCUGAGCAUGAUCCAAACACCCGGUUUGGCGGAUCAUAUGAUAGGGGAUAUCCCGAUGAAAGGCUGUUACGGGAUGAUGUCUACAAUUAUCCACCUGGACAUGAUAUGGGUCAUUUGCCUCAGCCUAGGAAGCGGAAAUCUGAGGAAAGUUAUCCUCGUGAACUUCGUAGGCAAGAAAAGCCUUCCACCGAUACAAACUAUGAUGCUGAUUAUUAUCAUGACACUGAAGUUGGGAGUGGUAAUGGAUACUACCGUGAUCAAGGACACGAAAGGUCUUCACGAUAUGAAGGCCGUGAUGACUACUCUUCCAGUGAUUAUAACUCUCGAUCUAGAAACUACCAUCAUAACAGAGAUGAUAGCCGUGGAAAAGAUUAUGAUUAUGCUCGCCGGAGUUAUGAUUCUGAUUAUGAAAGGGGCAGUGUGAGAGAUGGCAAUAGAAAGAGCAGGGACUCGCAGGAUAGAGAACGGCACUCACGUGAUAGAGAAUGGGGUUCACGUGAUAGAGAAGGGGACAAUAGAUCUUUCAGCCGUGAAAGAGAUGUGAGUCCUCAUAAGAGAUAUGAGAAAUCGCGAUCUGGAUCUCCUGGACGUGAUAGGUUCUCUAGAUCAAGAUCUCCUAGAGGUCGGAGCCAUGGGCGAGGUUACAGGGAGGACAGCUAUGAGGGAGAUCACUGGCGUGAAAGUGAGAGGCGAAGAGAGUAUGAAGAUAGACAUGACCAGGAUCAUUUUUCUGCUACCCCAUCCGCCACUGUUCUUGUGAAGGGUCUCUCAACGAAAUCAACAGAAGAAGAUCUAUACCAGCUUCUGGCUGAAUGGGGUCCUCUGCAUCAUGUCCGUGUGAUUCGGGAGCAAAAUUCUGGAGUUUCUCGUGGAUUUGCAUUUAUUGAUUUCCCCACGGUGGAUGCCGCACGCACCAUGAUGAACAGAAUUGAGCAUGAUGGUAUAAUUGUGGAUGGAAGGAAGCUGAUUUUUCGUUACAGCACACCGAGGGCUGGUGUACCCCGUAGGCAGGAAAAUGCUUCUAGGCGCGGUUAUGGUGGCAAUAUAGUUCCUUCAGAUUGGAUAUGUACAAUCUGUGGCUGUAUCAAUUUUGCGCGGCGAACCUCUUGCUUUCAGUGUAAUGAACCAAAGACCGAUGAUUCUCCUUCAGCUGACGUAGGUUUAUCCAACUCAACAUUGGGAAAACGCAGUUCUGAAUCAGGUCCAACUCAUGUCUUAGUUGUACGCGGGUUGGAGGAAGAUGCUGACGAGGAAAUGAUUCGGUAUGAAUUUUCCAAACAUGCUCCUAUCAAGGAUCUUCGUCUUGUAAGAGACAAAUUCACACAUGUUUCAAGAGGAUUUGCAUUUGUACAUUUCUUUUCGGUUGAAGAUGCUACUAAGGCACUUGAAGCAACAAACGGAACAGUUCUUGACAGGAAUGGUAAAAUACUGAGAGUCGCAUAUGCAAAGAGCGUUCAUGGUUCUGGAACUGGUACACCAGCAUCAUCUCACGCCAGCAAUCUCGCUGCUGCGGCAAUUGAAGCAGCAGCAUUUUCUCAACAGUAUGACGGUGCGGGAUGGACUCCAAAGGAAUAUAAUCAUGAUGAGAAACAAACUGGAGGGCAGGCCCGGGGCAUUGGGGAAAUGGCUUCUGCUCCACAAUCUGGCUACGUGUGGGAUGAAGCAUCUGGUUAUUACUAUGAUGCUGCUUCUGGAUAUUACUACGAUGGAAAUUCAGGUCUUUAUUAUGACAGUAAUAGUGGGCUUUGGUACUCAUAUGACCCUCAAACGCAGCAAUAUGUUCCUUGUCCUGAUCAGAACAAUGAUAGUAAAUCAACUGAAAAACAGCCAGAGUCUGCCAAGACGGAGAAAUCCACUCAACAAAAGGUUAUUAUCUCUGCAGCUGCUACCCCCACUGUAGAAAAGGCUAUCUCCUUACCAGACGCAGUUCAGGCUGCAGCAGCAGCAGCAAUUGCAUCGGAGAAGAGAGAAAAAGAAAGAGUGAAGGAAAUAAAACUUGCAUCAAAGAGUAGCAUACUGGCUACCAAGAAAAAAAUGAACAAUACUUUAACAAUGUGGAAGCAGCGGACCAGUGAAACACAAACACAACGUCCCUCACUUGGUGGUGAAAAUCCACCGACCGUUUUGGCUGAAGCAAGACCGUCUUUCUCCACUGUACAAUCCAAGAGCAAGCUGACAUCUGAGACAGUGAUUGCAAAGGAGAGAACUACUUCCAAUCAUGGUGUUGCUACACCCUCAACAACUCCCAUUACAGAAAGUUCGAGUAGCAGUAAAGCAGGACCACCUUUGAUGGGGGUGAUGAGAGGUUCUUACGGAGGAGCUUCUUCCUCAGCUAAUGUACAAGUGCCUCCGGUUUUGCCUUCUGCUCCUUCCCCCUCUGUUCCGGUUUCGGCUUAUGGGAGUGGGAGAAGAAGGUUCUCUGAAAAGCCGACUGCAGCGCCUACUCACAGAGACCAGCCUCAGACAUCAUACAGGGACCGUGCUGCAGAAAGAAGAAACUUAUACGGUUCAUCAGCUCCAAGUGAAAAUGAUGUUAUCGACUCAAGUGAAGAUAUUAUGAGAAAAGGUGCAUCAGAUCCAACACCCUUUCCUCCUGGUGUGGGCGUACGUGGAACUACCACGACCGAAGUCAGUGAUUACGAUGUAAUCACAGAGGAGAAAGCAAUAGACGAAAGUAACGUGGGAAACAGAAUGUUGAGGAACAUGGGUUGGCAUGAAGGAUCGGGUUUAGGGAGAGACGGGAGUGGAAUGAAAGAGCCGGUGCAAGCACAAGGCGUUGAUAGGAGAGCAGGACUUGGGAGUCACCAGAAGAAGCUUGAUCCUGAGUUUGAGGCUCAGCCUGGUGAUACCUACAGAACUGUUCUCCAUAAGAAAGCUCUUGCGAGGUUUCGUGAAAUGUCUGACAAUAAUAAUUGACUGUUGAGAUUUGAGAGAAUGGUUGUGUUUGUAAACUGGAGUUGGAGUUUCUGUGCGUUGGUUGUGUUUAAACUGGAAAGUGAUUUUAGUUUUGCUCUCUAGACACUAUUGAACUAAGUAAUCAUAAAUUAUUUGGGAUUAUGCUUUACAUUUGCAUACAAU